CUUGGGCGUUCCAUUGAGCUCGAGGUCCCGGUCAAGAGUCAAAUAACGUUCACACACAUUAAUUAAUGUUAAAUUUUGAAUUUAAUUGUGAGCAGUAAUAUUCUAAUGAAGUCAACAUGCUGAAAAAUCUGAGAAGGAAAGCUCCUGAAAAGGACAAGCUAGGGCAUGAUCUAUUCAAAUUCGCCAAGAUUGGAGAACAUGGCUUUCAACACAAACCUAGUGCAAUAGCUUAUGAUUCAAAAUUACAACUUCUUGCUAUUGGAACAAGGACAGGGAAUUUAAGAGUUUAUGGAAAGCCUGGUGUUGAGUUAGUUGCACAAGAAUCAUCAGCAGCAUCAUCAAGUAUACAAGAAUUAUUUUUUUUAGAAGAACAGGGUCGUAUUAUCAGUGUUUGUGAUGAUGGAGAACAGAAUUCUCUCCAUCUUUGGGAAAUUAAUAAUCCAUAUGGUCAAAAAUCUAUAUUAGAAGAAGUUAAAGCAUGCACACUAGAGGGAAGGCUUAAAAAGAUAUCUGUGUGCUGCCUGUCCACUGCUCGAGAAUGUUUAUAUAUUGGUACAGAGGGAGGUCAUAUUUAUGUUUUGGAUUUAAAUUCAUUUGAACUAAAAGAUCAUGUAAUAUACCAAGAUAUUAUUAUGCAAAGCUUGUCAAGUGAAGUCAACAAAACUAAUGGAGGGUCAGUAGAAGCAUUACAAGAACACCCAACUGAUCCCGAGAAGUUAUUAAUUGGUUACAAAAAAGGAAUCAUAGUACUGUGGAAUCAAGAUAAAAUAAAAGCUGAAGGAACAUUUGUAUCAUCGCAAGAUGUUGAAAGUGUUUCAUGGAAUCCAAACUGUAGACAAUUUAUUAGUGCACAUGAGCAUGGUAGUUUGUCUGUUUGGAACAUACCUGAUAACGAAGAUGCAGAUGUUGUUCAGGAGACAUCUACACCUUUCGGUCCAUUUCCUUGUAAAGCAAUUCGUAAAGUUGAAUGGCAUGACCCCACUGUUAUAUUUUCUGGUGGGCUACCGCGGGCAUCGUAUGGUGACAAACACUGUGUGUCUAUUUUACAAGGAAACACUGUACAAGUGGUACUAGAUUUUACUUCAAAAGUAAUCGAUUUCUUUUCAAUCCGGGACCCUUCAUCAGUAACUCCAACUGCCUUAGUAGUUUUGUGUGAAGAAGAAAUUGUCGUUGUUGAUUUAAUGAGUUCUGAAAAGAGUUUUCCAGUGUAUACCAAGCCAUAUCUUGCUUGUUUACAUUCUUCACAUAUCACAACAUCUACACACAUAACAAACUGUCCAGAUGAUCUGUGGACAUACUUAAUACAAGCUGGUGAAGAACAGUCAGGAGCUGAUACAACCAGCAAGACAUGGCCAGUGUUGGGAGGAAAUAGAUUGAUACAAGAAACUAGUAAAAAAGAUUUAAUGAUUACAGGGCAUGAAGAUGGCACAGUAAAAUUCUGGGAUGUUUCUUCUCUGUCAUUUAAUUUAUUAUAUACUAUAUAUACCGGUAAAUUAUUUCAAAGUGAUUAUGAUGACGGACCACCUCCAGAAGAUCCUGAUGAAGAAGACUGGCCACCUUUUAAGAAAGUUGGUAAUUUUGACCCGUUUACAGACGAUCCUCGCUUCGUGAUACAAAAGCUACUUCUUUGUCCAGUUUCAAAAAAUCUUAUAGUUGGUGGAAGUGGUGGCCAGUUAGUAAUAUAUGAGCUUCACAAAGAUGCUGUGAUUCGGGAAAGUGCUGAGAUGGUGGACAUCAAUGUUAUUGCUAACUUGGAUGGAUUUGAGUGGAAAGGCCUUGGACCAUUAUCUCUUCGCACAGAUCCACAUGAUAAGCACUUUGGACCUGUUCCAGUAAAAGUAUUGCAGCUUAAACCAUCUGCUCCUAUUACAGCUGUUGCUAUGGAAAGUGCAUGGGGUUUAGUUGCAGCUGGAACUUGUCAUGGUCUUAUUGUUUACGACAUCAUCUCUAGUAAACUUGCGCUAAUCAAAUGUACUGUUAAUCCAACAGACUUAGCCAACACUGGUGCAGGGAUCCAGCGAAAGAGAACUUUAGCAAAGUCUUUACGUGAUUCAUUUAGAAGGUUGCGUAGUAGGCGUGGCUCUAAAAAGAGACCAAAACCUGAGAAACAAGAAGGAACUAGUUCGCCCAACACCGGUGUGCGCUCCUUACCAGCGUAUGAAGCAGCUCCACAGACACGAUUAAUAGAUGAAAACAGAGUAGACGAGGCUGUGUUAAGUAUGGUGCGGUGCUUAUACUUUGGCGAAACGUUUCUUGGCGAUGCUGAUCACCUCACACCAACAUUAUGGGCAGGAACAAAUGCUGGUUAUAUAUAUGUUUACUCAGUAACUGUACCUGAUAAAACGAAUAGAGACUCUACAGCUAUUAAAACUGAAGUUGGAAAAGAGCUCAAACUUAAACACCAUGCACCAGUUGUAAAUAUAUUUGUUGUGGAUAGACAUGGUGUUCCUAUUGCAUCUGUGGCAGAGACUACUGCUGGUCGUAUGGUCUCGGCAGAUAUGACAGGCGGACAUUCUGUUGUUAUUUCGUCAGAAGAACAAUUUAAAGUAUUUUCUUUACCUGGGUUAAGACCAAGAAACAAGGAAAAGUUAACUGCUGUUGACGGUUCUAGAGUACGCAAGUUAGGAAUUAUGGAAGUAAAGGGAAAAGUUGACGGCCAAGACGUUAUACAUCACUGUUUAGUAUGUCUGACCAACUUGGGAGAUGUUGCAGUAUACAGCAUUCCUAAUUUAAAAGUACAAAUCAAGAAAAAUAUUAUUAAAAGAGAAGACAUAGGCAACGAUGCUGAAAACACGUCAUACCAGAGAGCUAUCUCAUCACUACUUUUCACACGUUCUGGUGAAGGAUUCUUUUUAAAAUCACCAUCUGAAAUGCAACGGUUUUGUUUGAUCUCGGCUAACACGCUUACGUCUGACACAAUAAUAAAAUUAAAACGUGGUAUGCGACCUGACGAAGAUGAACGUUAUGAAGAGGAAGAACGCGAGUUAGCGAGUAGUCCCGCAUCAGCGGAGAGCAAUCACAUAAUUAGCGGAGAGGAAAAAGAGGAAGCUGAACCGGUUACAAAUAUUUCCAACAAAAGCAUCGAUGGUGAUGAAGCUGUUGCAGCGGAAAGUUAACUCGCUACAUACGCCGUUACAGAAGUGUGGAAUAAAGUCUGGCUCUCCCCCGCAGGUUAAUAAAUGAAGAAUGUUUUUAUUUUUCUAAGUGAUAGCAACAUUUCAUUUCAACAUGCACAAGUUAAGUUUGCUUAGCACAGUAGUGGAUAUUACUAAGCAUUACACAUACAGUACUAUUAGUUCACGUAUGAACGACGAACAUAGCUUCAACUAUGUUCUCCUCCACUUUGCGAGAAGAAGCUGGGGUAGCAUGGACGUAGUAAAUUUUAUUUGCAUUUUUUUUAUUUUUGUGAUGAAAAAUUAUUUUAAUUUUACGUAGCUUUUACUAAGAAUUUUAAGUGUGUAUUAUAUCUAUUGCUUUGAUAAUAAAGUAAUUCUAGAUUUUCAAGAAUUUCAAUUCUUACAGAACACCGAGGGCUGUAACACUUUUAGUUGUUAGUUGGAAACGUAAUUCCCAGUUUGUUCUUACAUUGGUGCAUCUAAGAGCACACUGCCCGUGAUAGGACUGAACCCUUGAUUUUUUGUAUGCACCGCGGCUUUUUAUCCAGCUUAAAAUCUCGUGAUGUAAACCAACCCUAAAAGUACAGUUGUGCUUGGUGUGUGCAAACUUUUAAUUUGUAGGAAUUAGUGUAAAUUGUGAUGCGUGAUGAAAUAAUUAUUUUUAUGACAAUUUUUCUUUUUCGAAAGUUAUUUUAUAUUGUAAAUUAAUAGAUUAUGCAAACAUUAGAACUUGUAUGAGGAUUUGAAGAAGUCCUGUGAACUAGGUUAUCUUCUGUUACAACUCAUGGACACGCGAAAAUUUUAAUUUUUUACUAAAAGGUAUUGAGAGUCGUGUAAAUAAGCCCUUACAACUGUUUUGGUUUCUUACGUGGUGCGUGUGUAGGUUAUUUGGUCUGUUAGUGUUGCGUGUAAUUUAUCUUACUCAUUUUGUCAAGUUUUUAACCUAGAUGUAAAACUUCUUCACUCAUACCCCCGAUUUAUCCUUGUAUCUUGAACACUACGUUAUACCAAAAACAGUAUGUUAUAUUUGAAGACUGAUACUUUCUCAGUGCACAUCACAAACACGAUUAAUAAAAAGGUUUGUCUUCAACAUUUUUAUUCAGUUUUUAUCAACGUACAAAUAUGCAAAGUUGGGUUUACACUAUGAACUAGAUUUCAAAUUUUAUCUGAUGUAUUUAUUCCAUAGUCUUUGAGAUAUAUUGUAGAAAUAAAUUGUCAAUAAUUAAAA